AUGACCGAACCAAGCUCGAAGAAGAGAAGGCUAGAGCAGAAUGGGCAGCCCCGACCUUCAGAACAGCAGAGUUUUACCGAUGUACUGGAGCAGCUUGAGGCUGAGGAAGACAACAAUGGUGAAUCCAUAGAGAACUCUGCAGCAUGGCCGCGUCCUUCUCCACCACGUAUAAACCCAUCUGUGGAUACUAUCGUGUUCCAACAAACGGAUGUUACAGAGUCCACGCACCACAAGCAUGGCACUACGCUGAGGCUGUUUGGAGUUACCUCUAAGGGAAACUCUGUUCUGGCUCACAUCUGGGGGUUCCGUCCAUACUUCUACGUUGCGGCACCCAGCGGCUUCCUCGAAGAUGACUUGGAGGCCUUCAAGGACAAAAUCAAUUCCUCUGUACAGGCAAACGACCAUGCCGUGGUGCGCUGUCUCAUAGUCAACCGCAAAUCCCUUUGGGGUUACCGCGGUGAGGAGGUGGUCCCCUUCAUCAAGAUUGAGGUCAUGACCUACGAGAGCAACAUUGCAUAUCCUCUACGUUUCAUGGUCGAUACCAAGCUUGUCGGCAUGAACUGGGUAGAGGCGCCCGCUGGAAAGUAUGAGUUGCUCAAGAGUUCUGACAAGAGGUCUCACUGCCAACUGGAAUUCUCGCUCAACUACAAGGACCUCGUCUCCCAUGCUCCGGAGGGUGACUGGCUCCCCAUUGCGCCAUUGCGUGUCUUGAGUUUUGAUAUUGAGUGUGCUGGCCGCAAAGGCAUUUUCCCCGAGGCAAAUGUCGACCCAGUCAUUCAGAUUGCCUCGAUGGUCACUCGUCACGGUGAAACCAAGCCUUUCAUUCGCAAUGUGUUUACACUCAACACAUGCGCACACAUUGUUGGCUCUCAAGUCCUGGAAUUCAAGGACGAGCGUGACCUCCUCCUUGAGUGGCAAAAGUUCGUCGAAAAGGUUGACCCCGACCUCAUCAUUGGGUACAAUAUUGUGAACUUUGAUUUGCCAUACCUUAUCGAUCGCGCCAAGGCUCUCAAGAUCCCAAACUUUGCUUACCUUGGAAGGAUUCUGGGCACUCGGUCCGAAGUGAGGGACACGCAUUUCUCGUCAAAGGCAUUUGGCCAGAGGGACUCCAAGGCCGUCAACAUCGAUGGUCGUCUUCAGAUGGACAUUCUCCAAGUCAUCCAGCGCGAUUACAAGCUGCGAAGCUACACUCUCAAUGCCGUGUGUGCCCAAUUUCUAGGCGAACAAAAGGAAGACGUACACCACUCCAUCAUUACGGAGCUCCAAAAUGGCACUGCUGAUUCGCGUCGCCGUCUGGCCGUGUACUGCUUGAAGGACGCAUACCUGCCACAAAGGCUCCUCGACAGGCUGAUGUGCCUCAUCAACUACACUGAAUUGGCAAGGGUGACGGGAAUCCCUUUCAACGACGUCCUUACACGUGGACAGCAAAUUCGUGUUAUCUCCCAGCUUUAUCGAAGUGCAGGUGACACCGGUUACAUUAUCCCCGCCAUGCGCAGCGAAGGCACCGAUGAGCAGUACGAAGGUGCAACCGUCAUUGAGCCGAGCAAGGGCUAUUACGACACGCCGAUUGCCACUCUUGAUUUCGCCUCACUUUAUCCUUCCAUCAUGAUGGCUCACAACCUGUGCUAUACCACCCUCCUCGACAAAGCCACCAUUGAGCGCCUCAAGUUGGUUGAAGGCGUCGACUACGUCCAGACACCCAACAACGAUUUCUUUGUCAUGGCAAGUCGCCGAAAGGGUCUGCUGCCUCAUGUUCUUGAGAACCUUCUUGCUGCUCGUAAACGUGCCAAGGCCGACUUGAAAGUCGAAAAGGACCCGUUCAAGCGCGCCGUUCUGGAUGGUCGCCAACUGGCUGCCAACUCCGUUUACGGCUUCACGGGUGCCACUGUCGGCAAGUUGCCAUGUCUCGCCAUUUCGACCUCCGUCACUGCAUACGGCCGUCAAAUGAUUGAGUUUACCAAGCAGGAGGUCGAGACUGAAUAUUCGAUCCAAAACGGCUACGAGCAUGACGCCAAGGUUAUCUAUGGUGACACGGAUUCGGUGAUGGUUAAAUUCGGCUGCCCAGACCUACCGAUGGCCAUGAGGCUCGGUGCAGAGGCAGCUGAACUGGUGUCCGCCAAGUUCAAGAAGCCCAUCAAACUGGAAUUCGAAAAGGUGUACUUCCCCUACCUCCUCAUCAGCAAGAAGCGUUACGCUGGACUGUAUUGGACAAAGCCCGAUAAAUACGACAAAAUGGACACCAAGGGUAUCGAGACGGUGCGACGUGACAACUGCCGCUUGGUUUCUACCAUGAUCGAGACAUGUCUCUUCAAGAUGCUUAUCGAUCGCGACGUGAAGGGUGCCGAGGACUACGUAAAGCACACCAUAGCCGAUCUCCUUCAAAACAAGAUCGACAUGUCGCAGCUCGUCAUCACAAAGGCAUUGGCUAAAACGGACUAUGCGGGCAAACAGGCGCAUGUUGAGCUGGCUGAGAGGAUGAAGAAGCGUGAUGCAGGUUCCGCACCUUCACUUGGUGACCGUGUUGCCUACGUUAUUGUCAAGGGCAUCAAGGGUGCUGCCGCGUACGAAAAGUCGGAAGACCCCCUCUACGUGCUCGAGCACAAUGUCCCGAUUGACACUCGGUACUAUCUGGAAAAUCAGUUGUCGAAGCCCUUGAUGCGCAUUUUCGAGCCAAUUCUCGGCGAGAGGGCUGGCAGCCUUCUCGCCGGCGAGCACACUCGUAGUAUCCAGAUUGCGACGCCAACCAUCGGCGGUCUCAUGAGGUUUGCGGUGAAGACUGCCACCUGCAUCGGUUGCCGAACCCCGUUGAAGAGCUCGAAAGAGAGUGCAGUUUGCGUCAACUGCCGUCCUAAACUGCCCGAACUGUAUCAGAAGCAGGUCACCACUACUUCGCAACUCCAGAUUGACUUUGCUCGUCUAUGGACCCAGUGUCAACGUUGCCAGGGCUCUCUGCACCAAGACGUCAUUUGCACCUCUGCUGAUUGUCCCAUCUUCUAUCGCCGCACCGCCAGACAGAAGGAGGUCACUGCGGCAGUCGCUCAACUCGACCGAUUCAACGGUGAACUUGUUUGGUAG